CGUGAUGACGUCACCCGCAGGCUCUCCGCUUGUUGUGGCGUUCCCUUCCUCCGCAGCCGUCUCUCCCAUGGUCUCUCCGUGCCGCCGCUGGAGUUAGCUUGGAACUGUGGGGAAGGUCUGUCUGUCUUGACAGCCCGGCCAGCCGUUCACCUAAACUUUUCUGAGUCUCGGUUGUGACUGAAAGACGGAGAGAGUGUUUCCUCUGUGUUUUCGAUGCAUGGGAGUGCCCUGGGAGCGGCGAAGGGAGAAGCUCUCAACUGAGAGCCACAGCCAUGUCAGACCCCAAGGCUCGGACUGGACUGAACUGGACAGUAGUCAUGAUGAGCGAAGGUUGAGGAUGGUGAUGUUUGCGUGAAGACAGUGCUGGUGGUCCUGACUGUUCAGCAGGAUGAGUGAGGCGGAAGGCCAGUUCUACAGCGUUCAGGUGGGAGACUCCACCUUCACCGUACUCAAACGCUACCAGCAACUCCGCGCCAUCGGCUCCGGGGCCCAGGGCAUCGUCUGCUCUGCACUAGAUACAGUCCUCGGUAUACCAGUGGCGGUGAAAAAGCUGUGUCGGCCCUUCCAGAACCAGACACAUGCUAAACGUGCAUACAGGGAGCUGGUGCUGCUAAAAUGUGUCAACCACAAAAAUAUCAUCCGUCUGAUCAAUGUGUUCACGCCUCAGAAGUCCCUGGAGGAAUUCCAGGAUCUAUAUCUGGUGAUGGAGCUGAUGGAUGCCAGCCUAUGCCAAGUGAUCCACAUGGACCUGGACCAUGAGAGAAUGUCCUACCUGCUCUACCAGAUCCUCUGUGGCAUCAGGCACCUGCACUCUGCUGGCAUCAUCCACAGGGACCUGAAGCCCAGUAACAUUGUGGUGAAGUCAGAUUGCACUCUGAAGAUCUUGGACUUUGGCUUGGCGAGAACAGCCUGCACUAACUUCAUGAUGACCCCCUAUGUGGUGACCAGAUACUAUCGCGCCCCAGAGGUCAUUCUGGGCAUGAAGUAUAAGGAGAACGUGGACAUCUGGUCAGUGGGGUGUAUCAUGGGAGAGAUGGUAAAAGGCAGUGUCAUCUUCCAGGGCACCGACCACAUUGACCAGUGGAAUAAGGUGAUUGAGGUCCUGGGUACGCCCAGUCUGGAGUUUAUGAACCGUCUGAUGGAGACCGUGAGGAACUAUGUGAUGAACAAGCCGCAGUAUCCAGGCGUCAGCUUCGCAGAGCUCUUCCCGGACUGGGCCUUUCCCUCUGACUCAGAACAUGACAAGCUUAAGACGGGUCAAGCACGGGACCUGCUGUCCAAAAUGCUGGUCAUUGAUCCUGAAUGCCGCAUCUCUGUAGAGGAAGCCCUCAACCACCCCUACAUUCACGUGUGGUACGACCCAGCGGAGGCUGACGCGCCUCCUCCCCAGAUUUCAGAUAAGCAGCUUGAAGAGAGAGAGCACACCAUCGAGCAAUGGAAAGAACUCAUUUAUGAAGAGGUGAUUGACUGGGAGGAGAGGAACAAGAAUGGCCUAAUGAAAGAAGAUUGCUCAGAUGUGGUGUCCGGCUCAGCCUCUCAGUCCUCCUCAGCCAAUGACAUCUCAUCCAUGUCCACGGAGCACACCUUGGCCUCGGACACAGACAGCAGCAGCAUCGACACACUGACGGGACCACUGGACGAGAGUCAGUGAACACAGUCCAUGGCCACAUGUGUCUGCCUGCCUCAGUCCCCCCACCCCCCCCCCCUCACAUUUUCAAUAUCCAAAUAUCAAUCAACCAUCACCUUCCUUUCUUCUGUUUACUCCCUCACCCCCACAUUUUCUGAUUUUUUUUUUUUUCGUUCUGUGUUUUCCUUCUUUCUUCUCAACCUCAAUGAAUAGGUCUAUUUUUCUAUUUUCUUUUCAUGUGUGAUCUAGUUGAUCCUCUUCAACUUGUUUUGGACUGCUGCUUAGAGGUCAAAGCUGUGCUAUCUGUUGGGUCAAAGGUUUAUCAUUCUCUACUUUGUGGAUAUUGUUUAACUUGAUCGAGUAUAAAUGAUGUAUGCAUCAAUAUUGAUUUUCAGGUUACCAGGAGUAGGUGGGGGAUUGUUGUUUGUUCUGUAUGCCUGUAUUUUAAUAGUUUUAUUUUUUUAGGGAAUAUUAAGUUGAGACCAGAGGUUAUUGUCAUCAAAUUUGAGCAGACGUGCACUGAACAUAAACCACAGCUGCAGCUGUUCUAACGCAUGUUACGCCAAAACGAACAAAAGCUUAACAUAAGUUGAUUGCACCAACCAUCUGAUGUUCAUCAAACACUAAUUGAAAGUUUGAGCGAUCCUUUUGCUAGCUAGCGGUGUUGCAGAUCCCCUCGGUGGUGCUUUCUGCACUGUGGUUCUUUUUUUAUUAAUUGGCUUGAGUGAUAUGGAUUUUGAGCUUUUACUCCUGACAGCAUGGGGAAGCUGUGGUUGCAGUGUUACAGUUUUAUUUCCUGAUUUAACGUACUGUAUGUUAAGAUGUCAUGAUCUGACACUUAUAGUGGCUGUUUCAUUACAAAUAGAUAAAGUGUGUUUGUUUUCUUAAGAAAUUCACCGUACCUGUAAAACUGUGUAUUGCAAUCACCCCCAUUUUACAUAAGGUACUGAUUAAUAUCAAUGUGUAUAUCAAAAGAACAUCAUAAUCCUUAAAAUUUAGGAGAGGCAAAGAGAUACAUGUGGUAUUUAUUUUUCUGUUCUUGCAAAAUGUUGCACACAAUCACGCCGAGGCCCAUAAAAAUCAGUCCUCUUGUCGAAGCAUUUCAUUGACAAACCAGUGCAUGGGCUACUCCUUUUCUAAACCAUUCCAUUAGUACUGGAGCAUUUACCAAAUCAGUCAUGAAUCAGACACCAUGUAGAACACAUGUAAAGGCAGUAAAACACAAAUAAUGGUGUUUAACUUGCAUGAAGGCAUUAAAGAUGCUGUUAAGAUAUUGUAGUUCUUGUUAUAAAGAGAAAACCGUUCAGGGCAGUUCUUUUACUUACAGUACCUUGAUGUUCUCGGUUAUGAAAGCCUGUUUGAGAGAUGUUGUAUUUUUUUUUUUUUUUUUUUUUUUUUUUUUUGCCUUGUAAGCCUAUAUGUGUGUAUGUGUUAUCAAUAUGUACUGUGCAGCACUCUCCUUCGUUGUCUCCUUUAAAUUGUCCUUAAAGACAGCAGUCACCCCAUUUUGUAAAGGCAAAGUCUACGGAGGAAGUCGGCCCAACGACAAACGAAAAGCAGACAUGUUGUGGUUAGAAAUGAGGAUCUGAACCCUGCAGCUCCAGAUGGAAACUUAAAGAUAAAAUGGACUGUGGAGCUGCUUUUUUGCAGAACUGAUUGCACAGUGUGAUGGACAUGCAGAAAUAUGACAUUAUGGAGUCACUGAGGACUAAAGCACCAUGUUGUACACUAUAUUUUUCUUUUAAAAACCAUGACCUUGUUCUUUGAGUCAUGCCUUAAAUGACCUGAGGAGUGGCCAAUUCACUCCUGAAAAUCAUAUCAGAUAAGGACUGAGCAUUACAAUGCUCAGAACAUCUUGUGUGUUUAUCAUGUUUUUAAAAAAGCUCCAUUGUAAACACUGUACAUCUUGCAUUUUUGUUCUGUUUGCAAUGAUCACAAUAUUAUCACUUGGCCAACAUCUUUUGCCCGUACGCAGCUAAUAAAGUGGACAUCAGUGA